AUGGACGGAGUGUUUGAAGACUCGUCAUGGCCGCGAAUAAUUCGAAUCCUUGAUGGCGCAGAUCACAUCUUUCACCAUGGAACACGCGUAUUUCUCGCGUCUGCUUUUAUUCUACUGUAUUAUACGUUAAUGGGAGGUUGGCUGGACCUACUUCUCGGCGCCGUCGCUAUCGGCUUUGGACAUCGCCAUGCUCUUCUGACGUUUGCAAUCUUCUUGGGAAAAUUCUUGUAUACUGGCCUCAUACCGAUUGCUGGAGCAGUUGCUAUGGGUCUCUUGUCGGUUUCUCACCUCCUAAAACCGAUUAAAAAUUUGAAGGGUCCUGCACAGCCGUAUCUGAUACCCUGCAAGACAACUCACACGCGGCUAUUCCCCAAGAAUCAUUCAUUUGGUUAUUCAUAUUUGGUCGUGGGAGUUCCUGUGGGAAGUACUGGUAAUGUCAAUGGGAUGUUGAUGAUUGAUGAUCAAUCUUAUAGCUCCUGGGACUUGAUGUACAAGUUGUUUCGAGGAGGAUGGUACACUGUGAAUGAUGCCGAUUAUAUGCAGAGGGGGCACAACGCUCAUGGGCUCCGAGGCAAAUUGGACGAAUACCUCAAGUCUCAGGGUGUCGAACCGUCUGCCUAUCCGCAUGCCUACCUGGUCACGGCUGCAAGGUUCCUGGGUUAUCACUUUAAUCCGGUUUCGUUCUGGUAUCUGUACUCCGAGGACAGGAUAUUGUCUGCUAUUGUGCUUGAAGUAAAUAACACGUUUGACGAGAGACGCCCAUAUCUUGUCCUUCGCGACUUCUCGCCUGAUUCCCAGUAUCUCACUGGACCAAGGUCUGAGGACACUCCGCUGUCUCGCGUCAAAGGCUCAUGGGCGAAAGAUUUCCAUGUUUCGCCCUUCAACUCGCGAAAGGGAGCCUACUCAUUAAUUGCUAGCGAUCCACUUGGUCCUGGAAUGGAAGGUUUCCGGGGCAUUGAUGUUACAAUCAACCUAAACUCAUCGAAAGGCCAUACCAAGCUGGUUACCAGGCUUUUUUCACAGGGAGAAGCUAUCGACCCGGCUGCCAUGGGCCGAGUAGCCAAGAUGAGGUUCCUUUUAACGUGGUGUUGGGUUGGAUUUGCAACCUUCCCACGGAUUGUCAAAGAAGCUGCAGUACUUUUCUUCAAGCGCGAGCUUCAUGUAUGGUAUCGACCUGAACCGCUGAAAGAAAGCCUCGGAAGGCAUGCGACAAAGACAGAACGACAACUUGAGGCUGCCUUCCGCCGUUACCUGAAAUUUCUAGUUGAGCAGUGCCAGAAACCAAUGUCGAUCAGGUAUGUGUCGAGUGGGAUUCUUUCAAACUCCGAGGAGACAUUCACGUCACCUCCUUGGCAUGAUUCAGUCGAAGACAGAAGGCUGUUAGAGCUGAAGGUUCUCACGCCGAUUUUUUAUACCCGCUUUGUGCGUUAUGCGCAUGACUUCGAGGCUAUAUUCACCGAGUUCAUGGAUAGUGCUACCAUCUGGGUGAGCGAGCCGCAGCUGUUGCCAGACUUGCUUUUAAAGAAGGGGUCUCCGCCUCUGCAAUCUGCCAGUCUGAUGGACUACCUGUUCUUCAAAUCUAUAAAGUAUUUGCGACGUCGACCAGAGAAGAUUCCGAGCGUUUUAACGUCUGCGGAAACCAAGGCGGAUGAAGCGUCGACUGUUGAUAUUCGAGACUUACGGAUGUCCUCCAUGGAUGCUUACAUCCUCGAACAUGCUCAGCCGACCUUGAAGGCAAUAUACCGGUCCACCUUACUCCGCUUGUUUGUCGCUGACCACUUCGCUCUGGGCAACGUGGCUUUUCUGGACGUCUGUAUCCUCCUCUGGAGAAUUGGAAUUGCUUGGGCUUGUGCGGCAACAUUGAAACAGACGGCAAACGCCGUGAGGUGA